CCCGAAUGAACGACGUUUUGGGUUGAAGUUACGUAAAAAUUCGCCUUUAGCUCAAGAAAAUCCCCAACCAUGAGCUUAAAGGCCAAUUACUACGACAAGCCGGAGGGGGAUGACCUCUUCGGCAAGAUGAUUGCCACCAACAAGUACGCCCUAGCCGGUGGUCUCGGAUGGUCCACCGUCGAGGUGAUGAUGGUAUCGAAACCGAAGGGCUACCUGCCCACCAUCGCCCGGUACGUGUACUUUACCGGUCCGUUCGUCGGCAUGGCGUCGGCCUUUACCGUCGGUGCGUAUGCUGCCAACAAGCUGCGCGGUCGGGAUGAUGGUUGGAACUAUGUUGCCGGUGCGUUUGCAGCUGGCGGUGUUUACGGUGCCUGGAAGCGUAACGUUGUCGGUGGACUGGUUGCCGGGUUGAUCUUUAGCGUGGCGGGCGCACUCAAGAAGCAGUCCGUGGAUGAGGGUUGGGAAUUUUUCCCCGAGGUAAAGCAGCACGCCAUCAGUGCGGUCAAUCCGAACCGCUACGACUUCACGCUAACGCAGGAACGUGAACGAGGAUGGACGACCGGCAAGUGAGCGAUG